AUGCCUCUGGUCAAGAGAAACAUUGAGCCUCGACUCCUGUGCCACAGUACAGUCCCUGAUAGAAUUGGCAGCGAGCUGGAAUGUGUAACCAACAACACGCUGUCCGCCAUCAUCCGCCAGCUCAGUAGCCUGAGUAAACAUGCAGAAAAUGUUUUUGGGGAGCUUUUUAAUGAAGCCAACGCCUUUUACCUGCGUGCAAACUCUCUGCAGGACCGUAUCGACCACUUGGCCGUCAAGGUCACCCAGCUGGACUCCAGCGUGGAGGAGGUCUCUCUUCAGGACAUAAACAUGAGGAAGGCCUUCAAAAGCUCUACUGUCCAGGAUCAGCAGGUUUUGUCCAAGGGUAGCACGCCCAACUCGGUGACUGACAUGUACAGCAGCAGUGACAGGCCUCCUCCCCUCAGCACCCUCACUGCCUACAGAGAGGAUUCCACUGAUGCGAUGAAAUUCUACUCUGACCCAACGUACUUUUUUGAUCUGUGGAGGGAGAAAAUGCUUCAGGACACAGAGGAAAAGAGGAAAGAAAGGAGGAGGCAAAGGGAGCAGAAGCGAUGUGUGGAAAGCAGCACCCUUCAGCGUGAGGUGAAGAAGGUGAGGAAGGCUCGAAACCGCAGGCAAGAGUGGAACAUGAUGGCAUUCGAUAAAGAGCUUCGUCCAGACCACCGCCACCCGCAGACUCUCCGGCGAGGGGCAUCAUCUGAGGGCUCCCUCUCCCCAGAUGGCAGGCCUGACCUCCCAGGCUACCCCGUUCCUCCACUGCCUACCCACACUGCUUGUAACUAUGCAAAGUCUCAUGAUUACGUCCCUGGGAACGCACACCCCUCACCACCUGUGGAGCAUGAAUACCACAGCAUUGAUGUCAACUACAAGAGAGUAACCUAUGCCACAGCAGAGUCUCACCCUGCAGACCGAAAGAACAGUUCAAUAUGUCCACCUGCAGAUUACAACUCUGUCGCUCCACCUCCUGCUCCAGGCCCACCCAUCCCGUCAGCACAAACAGCCUUCGGUUUUCUUCUGGGUGCGCUACCACCAACACCAAAUAAUGGAGUUUUGCAUGUGGGCCUAGGCUAUCCGCUCCCACCUGUGCCUCCUCCAGGACCUCGCAUGGUCCCUCCUCCCCCAGGUCCGCCACCUCCGCCUCUCCCUCCCCCCGCUGCACCCUUACACCUACCAGGACCCAGUGAAGGCAGCAGAGCUGAGACUAAGCCUGUGAGGGAUGCCAGAAGUGACCUGCUGUCCGCCAUCCGCAUGGGCAUCCAGCUGAAGAAGGUCCAAGAGCAGCAGGAGCAGCAGAACAAGCAGGAGACGGUGGGGAACGACGUGGCCACCAUCCUGUCCCGACGCAUUGCCGUGGAAUACAGUGACUCUGAGGACGACUCUGAGCUGGAUGGAAAUGAGUGGUCAGACUGA